UUUACUUUUUUUAAAAAAUAAAUUUAUUUACGUAUUUAUUUAUUUUUGGCUCUGUUGGGUCUUCGUUGCUGCGUGCCGGCUUUCUCUAGUUGUGGUGAGCGGGGGAGCUACUCUUCGUCGUGGUGCGUGGGCUUCUCAUUGCGGUGGCUUCUCUUGUUGCGGAGCACGGGCUGUAGGUGCACAGGCUUCAGUAGUUGUGGCUCACGGGUUCUAGAGCGCAGGCUCAGUAGUUGUGGUGCACGGGGUUAGCUGCUCCGUGGCAUGUGGGAUCUUCCUGGACCAGGGCUCAAACCCGUGUUCCCUGCAUUGGCAGGCGGAUUCUUAACCACUGCGCCACCAGGGAAGUCCGACAUUUACUUUUUUGGUAGCUGCAUAAACGUUAAGUAGAUGGUCAACUAAAACCUCCAAGACUUUUUCACAUUUUUUGUUCUUUUUAAAACAGUUUUAAUUGUGGUAAAAUACACCUAAUGUAAAACUUUCCAUCUUAACCAUUUUAAGUGUACAUUGCAGUAUUGUUAACUGUAUUACAUUGUUAUGCAACAGGUCUCUAGAACUUAUUCAUCAGUGCAUGACUGUAACUUUAUACUCAUUGAACAACUCAUUUCCCCCUCCCCAAGCCCCUAGAAAUUACUAUUGUACUUUGUUUCUAUGAAUUUGAUUACUUUAGAUACUUCAUGUAAGUGGAAUCAUGCAAUAUUUUGUCUUUUUGUGAUUGGUUUUUUUACUUAGUAUAACAUCCUCAAGGUUCAUCCAUGUCAUAGCAUUAUGUCAGGAUUUCCUUCUUAUUGUAUGUUAAUCUAUUAUUUUAUUUAUCCAUUUCGUUUAUCCAUUCAUUCCUUUAUCCAUUUUGUUUAUCCAUUCAUCGGUUGAUGGACACUUAAGUUGCUCCCACCUUUUGGCUAUUGUGAACAUGGGUGUGCAAAUGUCUCUUCAAGACUGUUCUUUCAGUUCUUUUGGAUAUAGACCUAGAAGUUGAAUUGCUGGAUCAUGUGGUAAUUCUAUUGAUAUUUAAAAAUUUUGAGGAACCUCCAUACUGUUUUCCACAGUGACUGCACCAUUUUGUAUUUCUCCACAUCCUCACCAACACUUGGUUUUGUGGGGGGUUUUUGAUAGUAGCCAUCCUAAUGGAUAUGAACUGAUUUCAUUAUGAUUUUGAUUUGCAGUCCUCUAAUUAUUAGCAGUGUUCAGUAUCUUUUCAUAUGCUUGUUGGCCAUUACAUUUGUUGUUCUUUAAUCACGUUUCUCCAUCUAAAUUUUUAAGCCCAAGACUUGUUUUAUCUCUGUCAAGCCUCAGCUUGUUUGUGUGCCAUUGCUUCCACCUGGUUGAGAUCAUUUGGCUUCUAACACUUUCAUGUUUUGUUCACAUUUUUUUCCAGCUUCAUGUCAACUUUAUAUUAGACAUAUCUGGCCCAUUUCAUUUUCUCCUCUCAGCUAGUAAGGAUGGCUGAGCUUCUGACUUCCCAAUGACUAGACUGCCCAAUAAUUUUCUUUUCUUCCUGUUCUUAAAGGGAGUAUCUGUGUUAAUGGAUUUCUUAUAUCUUCCUGGAUCCUGCUCAAGGUUGUUGAUGUGAGCAAUCUUAACCAUCCAAAUGAGUUUGCAGCUGUUACUUCUCAUCAGAUCACAUAUUCAGUGCUAUCCGUGAAGUGUUGGUUUCCCCACAGGGUGCUAAGGACACAGGGGUACUAUCCCCAGGGUGACAAUAGAAAAUUAAAUCUGUUCCCCAGACCCUCUUGUUGGCACUUGGAAGGGAGAGGAGGCACAUACUGGAGGAACGUGGAGAAGAGCCUCCAUACAUUGUUUAUAGGGUAUUGUUUCCAUCUGAGAACACUUCUGUGAUCCUUCUUCCUUCCUCCCACUUUCCUCCAUUCCGCUCUCCCUCUGUCAUCUUUCUUCCUUUCUCUUUCCCUUCCUUUUUCCUUCCCAUCAACAUUUAUUGAGCACCUAUCAAGUACCAGGCAUUAAGUCAGGGGAUGUUGUGAAGGGAGGGGGAUACAAAAGUUGAUAGACUCUGACCCCUCUUUGGGAAGAGUUUGCACAACCAAACUGUAGAGAGAAAACAAAGCUGUGCACAGAUGUAACCGUCCAAAACUCCCACCCAGAAUCCACAAAGUGUCACAAGGCAGGUUUAUGCAGAGUGAGGUGUUUCCUUAGGAGUUCAAAUGCAGCUGGGAUCAGAGAAGCUGUCGUGCAGGGCAUGGCAUCUAAGCUGAUACUUGAAGUGGGUGUGUUAAAGAUGAGCAGAAUAGAAGGUGUUUUCUCCCUGGAUUUCCCGUAUCCAGACACGGUCUUUUCCUUCUCUGACAUCCACAGUGCUUUCUUUAUCUCCUCUCUCUGGUGGUGACUUUGAGGCUCUGGAGUCAGCUCUGUGGGUGCCUUUUCUCUCCCUCUCGAGACAGGCCUGGCUGCCCCUUCCUGCUGGUGGCCUUCUGAGUUUUGAUUACCCAAGAGUCACAGGGAACUGAGGUCCCUGCCUCCAUUGGUUUAAAUUGCAGUCAGAUCAGACAGCGAUGUGGACUUCUCAUGCAUAUGGCUUCCAGAGAGGAAGAAAACCAUUUGAGAGGACUUAGGAAGGAAUCUUUGAUCAGUUAGGCAGUCUGGGAGAGCUUCGUGGAGGAAGGUGGGCUUCUACCCAAUAAUUAAGUUGACUUUGGCACAUAAUGUUUGAAGUGUUUACAAUGUACAAGUCACUCUGGUAUAGAAUGGGCUGCCCCAGAGAGAGUGAGUUCCCUGUCCCUAGACCAGUUCAAUGAGAGACUGAAUGGCCUUUAUCCACAAGACUUAGAGGAGAAUCUUCUGUAGGAUGUGAGUUAGCACCAAGUCCUUAUAGCUCUGAGAUUCUAUGAUCUGAGCUUUGCUUAAUAAUAUGCUUUGCUCAUUCAUGCAGGAGUUAAUUUUUUCAAAUCUUAUUUUUUGUUUUGGGUAGUUAACACUUUCAUAUUGCUGAAGAAUAAAAACAGUGUAAAAAGGUGUAUACAUCCCAUUCCCAGUCCUCUGCCUCUUAUAGGCAGUCACUAUUGUUUCUUAUGUAUCCUUCUAGUGCUUCUUCAUACAGAAACAAAGUACAAGUAUAUAGUCUUUUUAAAAAUUUUUUAAAAAAAUUUUAAUUUAUUUUUGGCUGCAUUGGGUCUUUGUUGCUGCUUGUGGGCUUUCUCUAGUUGCAGCAAGCGGGGGCUACUCUUCGUUGCGGUGCGCAGGCUUCUCAUUGCGGUGGCUUCUUGUUGUAGAGCACAGGUUUUAGGCGCGCAGGCUCCGGUAGUUGUGGCAUGUGCGCUCAGUAGUUGUGGCUCGCAGGCUCUAGAGUGCAGGCUCAGUAGUUGUGGCACACGGGCUUAGUUGCUCCGCGACAUGUGGUAUCUUCCUGGCCCAGGGCUCAAACCCAUGUCCCCUGUGUUAGCAGGUGGAUUCUUUUUUUUUUUUUUUUAACCCCUUUCCAGACAGGAUAUGAGGCAACUGAUCAUAACACUGUACUUUCUGUGUUAAUUAAUUUAUAACAUUGAAACUAAAGAUGAAGUAACUUUAAUAUAUUCUAAAUAUUACAUCUUGAGAAGUCUUCACAGUGCCUUUUAUGUUAAAGGUGCACAAUAUAUGUUUUUUGUAUAAAUAAAUGAAUGAAGUCAAACAAUAUGACCAAUCUCAGUGAACUCUGUAACUCCACAGUUAUGUUAUGUAACUAUUAGAGUUACUACAUUGUGGUGGCAGGCGGAUUCUUAACCGUUGCGCCACUAGAGAAGUCCAAGUAUAUAGUCUUAAUACUACCUUAAAAAUGUUUUUCAUGUAAAGUGAUAACAGAUACAGAAAACAUAAAACAUAACAUAAUUGUCAAAUGCACAAAACAUAAAUGUCAGCUCUGUGAAUCGACAAAGCCAACACUUGUGGACUCACACUCAGCUCAAGAAAUAGAAUAUUGCCAGCACCUCAGAAGCUUCUCUUAUUCCCCCUCUCUUCUUCCCCAAAGUGGGAACCCCUGAAGCCACUGAUGGAAGCCACAUUACCUGGGCAUCGGACCAUGAACCCCUGUCCUGUGUGGGAGCAGAAGAGUGGCCGUGUGUACCUAUUCUUCAUCUGUGUGCGGGGCCAUGUCACUGAGCGUCAACAGAUUGUGUCAGGCAGGAAUGCUGCCCGCCUCUGCUUCAUCUGCAGUCAGGAUGCUGGCUAUUCAUGGAGUGAGGUGAGGGACCUGACCGAGGAGGUCAUAGGCCCAGAGGUGGAGCAUUGGGCCACGUUUGCUGUGGGCCCAGGUCAUGGCAUCCAGCUGCAGUCGGGGAGGCUGAUCAUCCCUGCAUACGCCUACUACAUCCCUUACCGGUUCUUUUGCUUUCGGCUACCAUAUAAAGCCAGGCCUCAUUCCCUGAUGAUCUAUAGUGAUGACCUAGGAGCCACAUGGCACCAUGGCAGGCUUAUUAAGCCCAUGGUGACAGUGGAGUGCGAAGUGGCAGAGGUAACUGGGAAGGCUGGCCACGCUGUGCUGUAUUGCAGUGCCCGGACACCAAACAGGUGCCGGGCAGAGGCUCUCAGCACCGACCAUGGUGAAUGCUUUCAGAAACCAGCUCUGAGCCCACAGCUCUAUGAGCCCCCUCGUGGCUGCCAAGGCAGUGUGGUGAGUUUCCGGUCCCUGGAGAUCCCAAAUGGUUGCCAGCACCCUGCUGGCAAAGAUGCUCCUACCAUUCAGCAGAGCCAUCAGCUGGACAGCUCACUGAGGCUAGAGCCAGAAGCUAGAACCCUGUCAGAAUCAUGGCUCUUGUACUCACACCCAACCAGUAAGAAACGGAGGGUCGACCUAGGCAUCUACCUCAACCAGAGCCCGUUGGAGGCUGCCUGCUGGUCCCGCCCCUGGAUCUUGCACUGCGGGCCCUGUGGCUACUCUGAUUUGGCUGCUCUGGAGAAGGAGGGCUUGUUUGGGUGUUUGUUUGAAUGUGGGACCAAGCGGGAGUGUGAGCAGAUUGCCUUCCGCCUGUUUACAGACCGAGAGAUCCUGAGCCACGUGCAAGGGGACUGCACCAGCCCCGAUAGGAACUCUGAGCCAACUCAAAACUAAUUG